AUGUUUACCGAACAACUUAACCAAAUCAAGGUUGAUUUUAGUGGACCUGUUCCUUUACCAACUGAAAGAAAAAGGUUUAGUUUACCAAUCUCUCCUCACAAACAUAAGAGUUCCCAAGAACAAUUUGUUCGCGAACUCCAUCACCGAACUAUCCAUAUUGCUAACCCUUCAAGCCAAGUUUUAGAAAAUUUGAAUAAGUUAAAAGUGCCGAACACAGUGGAACAGGCUAAGCAGUUAAAAGAAAAAGGAGAAAGGUUAGAAAACGCUAAUAGAAAACUGGUCAAUAAUAUCGAAAAAAUUAAAUUGCAAGAAGAAAAAUUACGACAAGAAGAAAAAAGAAUAAACAAUUUUGCUAAUCAAUUAUUACGAAAAGAAGAAUUAUUUACUCAACAAUUAGUUACCAGUUCCCAACGAGAAAAAAAAAUCCACGAGGAGAUAGAAAAAAAUAAAAGGAUAAAGCAGCAAAUAAUAGAAAAUUUAGAAGGGAUUAUUCUGAUGAGUAGCGAAGAAGCCAAAACCAUCUUAUUUUCCUUAGUUAAAGAAGAAAUCGAAAAAGAUUUAAAUAGAUAUAAAGAAAAAAAAAUUAAGCAGGCGGAGGAAAAAAUCCAAGCAGAAAGCACCAAAAUAAUUUGCUCGGCUUUGGAAAAUUACAGUUCUGAACUAGUUUUUAGUAACACAGUCAAUACUUUAUCAGUUAAAAAUCCGUCAGUGAUUAGUAAAAUAAUUGGUAAGGAGGGUCGUAAUAUUAACGUUUUUCGCCGAAUUACUGGUGUCGAAGUGAUUAUUGAUGAAGAAAAAGAAGAAAACGUGACUAUUCAAAUUUCUUCUUUCAACUCUUUACGACGUGAGAUAGCUAGUCAAACUUUACGUUCUCUUCUACAAGAAGAAAGAAUUUCGCCCGCUCAAAUUGAGAAAACUUUUCACAAAGUAACUACUGAAAUUAAUUCUCUGAUUAGACAAACUGGUGAAGCAGUAUUAAAAGAACUAGAAUUAAGCGGCGUGCAUUCGGAAUUAGUCAAACAUUUAGGGAAACUAAAAUAUCGCACUAGUUACGGUCAAAACGUUUUACAACAUUCAUUAGAAGUAGCUAAAUUAGCGGGAAAUAUGGCUGCUGAACUGGGCUUGGAUAUUCAUUUAGCUCGUCGAGUUGGCUUACUUCAUGACAUUGGCAAAGCAGUGGAGGAUAACGGAGAAUAUUCUCAUGUAGCAAGUGGGGUCAUUUUAGCCAAAAAAUAUCGUGAGUCGGAAAUAGUUAUUAACGCUAUUGCGUCCCAUCACCACAAUAUUCCCGCUGAUAAUUUUUACUCUUCAAUUCUUUUGGCGGCUGAUAAACUUUCGGCCGCCCGUCCAGGAGUGCGAGGAUAUCAAUUAGAAUCUUAUGUAGAACGGAUGAACAAUUUAGAAAAAAUAACUAAUGAAUUCCCCGGCAUCAAAAAAAGUUAUGCUUUUCAAGCCGGACGAGAAAUUUGA